AUGGGCGACAUAGCGACGUCCUCAUCGAAUACAACAUUGGCAACACCUGCAGAAAGAGGCGGACGAGGACGUCGUCGAGGAUAUCGAGGAGGAAGAGGCAACAGUGCUCGAAAUAAUGCUGGAAGCACUGUCACUCCGAAUCCUCUUCAAGAUGCCUCAUCUGCCAGAGAGCGGGCUGCUAGCAGUACGAGCCAGCCUGGGAGCGGCAACAGUGGUCCCACUGUUCCAAGCAAACCAGCACAACCGCGGAGCAAGUGA